AGCUUGUGUUCAUCCGGAUGAUUUCUUGGGAGCACAAUCUUAGGGAAAUCAGUAGUGUUUUGAUAUUACAGAAGCAAAGUCGUAUCAGGCGUUUAUUUAUUUAUUUUUAAAUAAUAAUGGAGGAUCAAGAAAUGCAGUUGAAAGUAAAAAGAGUGACUGAUAAAUUCACGGAGAGUAUGUAUGUUUUAGCCAAUGAACCGUCAAUAGCCCUUUAUAGGUUACAAGAACAUGUCAGGAGAUCCUUGCCAGAGCUCGUGCAACAUAAGACAGACAUGCAGAGCUGGGAGGAACAGAGUCAAGGAGCAAUUUACACAGUCGAAUAUGCAUGCAGUGCGGUUAAAAGUAUGACAAACAGUAGUCUCUAUUUCAAGAACAUAGACGGUCUGCUCCGGCAAGCCAUUUCUCUGAAGGAACAGAUCAGCAGCUCGCAGGGACGAAGAAAAAGAGCUUUGGAUCAUGGUAUGCAUAAGGAUGGAGGAGAAAAACACAGCUCUGGGAUGUGAAAAUAUGCACUGAUGAAAGCCUGGAUGAAUCUGUGUGCCAUUAUCACUUGGUGCCACUGACUUUUAUGGUUGAUAGUCUACAGUAUGGAAGCCCAUUUUUCACCUCAAGAUUACAAAAUAAAAGUCAUUUUGACAUUAAAAUAUGAAACAAA